AUGCAAACCAUCAAAAACACAAUCGCCGAAAACCUCGGCAAAACAGUCUCUGGCGCCCACUCCCUCGCACCCGCAGACCAGCAAUUCUCCCUCGAAGAAGUCCCCGACCUCAGCGGCAAAGUCGCCGUCGUAACUGGCGGCUCCGAAGGCAUUGGCUACGGCUGCACACACACGCUCCUCUCCAAAAACAUCUCCAAACUCUUCAUUAUCUCCAUGAGCAAAGACAUCGCCUCGGACGCCACCGCAGCCAUCGCCUCAGAACUCGGCCAAGACAAAGCCUCGCGCGUAGAAUGGCUCCAAUGCGACCUCUCCGACUGGUCUGCCGUGAGCCGCACCGCCUUUGAAAUCACCAAGAAAACCGACCGCCUCGACAUCCUUAUCAACAACGCCGGCCGCGGCAUAAUGACGUACCAACUCGCCUCCAACGGCGUAGACCUACACAUGGCCGCCAACCACAUGGGCCACGCAGUCCUAACCUCGCACUUGCUCCCCCUCCUCAAAUCCACCGCCGCCACAGGCACCAAAGUCCGCAUAGCACAGCUCGCAUCCAACGCGCACCAAAACGCUCCUAGCAACACUUCUUUCGCCUCCUUGGAGGAACUAAAUCAGGAUCUGGGACCAAACGGCCAGUACGGCCGCUCCAAACUCGCAGCUAUACUCUACGCUCGCUACCUAGCCCGCCACCUCGCUUCCUCGCAUCCAAACCUCCUCGUCAACGCCACGCACCCCGGUGUAGUCGAGACGCGCCAGUCCGUCGAGCACAUCCACGAGGCUUACCCACUUGCCGGCUACGGCGUCAGCGUCGCUUUAGCCCCGUUUAAAAAAACACAGUUUGAAGGCGCGGUUAGCACGAUGUUUGCGGCGACGAAGACGGAGGUGAGUGGUCAGUAUGUUUGCCCGCCUGCUAUUCCUGAGCCUGGCAGCGCAAUGUCGCAGGAUGAGGAGUUGGGGGAGAGGCUUAUGCGGUUGACGGAGAGUGUGGUUAGGGAGAAGACGAUGGGGGAGAGUGCGGGGAAGGGGUGUCCGUUUAAGUUUUAUUAG